UUCACCUCAAUCAUCAGCUCGGAGCGCAAUUAUCUGUCCCGCAAUGCCAGAGUCCCGGCCGCCGAGCACGCCAGCCUCUCCUGAAAGCUCCCAGGACACAGGAUUUGUACCCGGGGACGACGCUUGGACCCAAUGGCGCAAUGUUUUUGCCAUCUUGUCGGGGAAAAUGACAGAGAAAGGAAAGGAAGAAUUCCGCGUGGCAAGAGAUAUCCGGAAUGAGGCGGAAGAUUGCAAACGUUGUGAAAGCCAGCGAGAUUACCUAUUACAGUGGAGCCCGGUCAUUCGCUAUCUGAGUGACAACAUUCGACAGCUCGGAGGGGACCUUUCCAGUCACAAUAUCUACUGCCGUCGGUGCACAAAUAGAAAAGCGGGAGGGUUUGAUCCGGAGUACGGAAUACUUCUCUGCGCCAAUGAAAUGAAAGAUCAAGGGCACCUCGAGGACACAAUGGCUCAUGAAAUGGUUCAUGCCCAUGAUCAUUUGAGAUUCAAAGUCAAUUGGUCGGACAACCUUCGGCAUGCUGCUUGUGCAGAGAUCCGCGCCAGUUCUCUCAGUGGGGAAUGUAGAUGGGCGAGAGAGUUCUUUCGUCGAGGCCAGUGGAAGUUCACGCAGCAACAUCAGGAAUGUGUGCGAAGACGGGCCACUUUGUCAGUACGAGCAAGACCGGGAUGUAAAGAUGAGGCCCAUGCGGCGAAAGUUGUCAAUGAGGUCUGGGACAGUUGUUUCCGGGACACGCGACCCUUCGAUGAAAUUUAUCGAUGAUACCAUACCAUAUAUACCCUUCUGUCAUGUAUCUCUCUCCUCAUUCCUGUUGGAAGAAAUCAUUGUAAUAUUAUUCAAUAUCCUCACAUGGGAAGACCAUAUAACACCUUU